CUUUAAGCGGGGAGGCCUGGCGCUCCGCAGCUGCAGCGCGGCAUCUGGACCAGUUCCCGUUCAAGGCAGGAUGGCCGGCAGGAUGGCGGAGGAGAAGGCCAUCACCGUCUGCGUGCGCCUGCGGCCCCUCAGCAGGAAAGAAGCUCUUGGAGGGGCUAUGCAAGAUCACUGGAAAACUGACAAUAAUACUAUUUAUCAAGUUGAUGGAAGUAUAUCCUUCAAUUUUGAUCGUGUCUUUCUCAAUAAUGAAUCGACUGAAAAUGUGUAUGAAGAAAUAGCAGUACCAAUCAUAGACUCUGCCAUGCAAGGCUACAAUGGUACUAUAUUUGCCUAUGGGCAGACUGCUUCAGGCAAAACAUAUACCAUGAUCGGUUCCAAAGAUGAUUUAGGAAUAAUCCCCAGGGCAAUUCAUGACAUUUUCAACAAAGUUAAGAAGUUUCCUGAUAAGGAAUUUCUCUUAUGA